AUGGCCGACUCAGUCGCACUCAACGUCUUCGGUCAGGCACGCUUUGUCCAUGGCGCCGUGCACAUAAUAGCUGCGUCGAUCCUCGUCCACGACCACAUAGACACCCUGCCUUCUGAGAUCGAGUAUGUGUGGCGGCGUCCCAAACACCGGGCCUCAUACGUCUUCUUCCUCUUCCGCUAUAUCUCUCUCAUGCUGGACUUGACGCUUGUGCCGCUUGAACUAUGGGAAGCCCCCUACGAGGUGCGCACUGCCCACCUGACGCUAUGUGUGCAUGCCUGGCUCUUUGAGUACCUCGCCAUGACGGUAAUCGUGAUUGUAGUCAGUGUGCUAAUGUCGCUCCGCGUGUACGCCAUAUUCGGACGCGACCGGCGUAUACUAUGGGUAUUAGUCGUCUACGUCGCCGCUGGCCUGGGUCAGCAGUGGAUCGCGCAUGGCUCGGUCAUCGUAGCCAACGAAGCAGGCGCGCACUGGAUCGACGAGAUACCUCCCUGUCCGUUGCCGGUACCAAAGAUAAUCGCUGUUGACCCGUUGACACUCACAGGGAUCGCUGUCAUCUGGAUAAUUGUGAUGGUGUACGACCUCAUCAUUUUUUCGUUGACAAUAUGCAAGACCGUCAACGCGCUUCGCAAGCCUUGUAUGCCGCUCACCCAUCUCUUGCUACGAGACGGUGCCUUAUACUUUGGAACCGCAUCUAUGCUCAACUUCGCGAAUGUACUGUUCUUCUAUAAAGUCGGGCCUUACUUUGCGGCAUCCACAGUCAACAUCGGCGUCAGCAUCUCCGCCGCCUUGGCGUCGCGCAUGAUGCUGCACCUCCACGAGGAGACGUACAUGCGCUCGGGCUACGGAGAAGUUCACCUGACAUCGAUGAACACCGCGCAUACGGACAGCUGGCCACAGAUAGUUGGACUGUCCUCUACGGCAGAGUACUUACUAGACGACGAUCAGUUGGGAAGGGGCUCCUGGUCAUAAAUAUUCUCAUAGUUAUUCUCGUCAAGUAGCUUAUCA